UGGCCACGAACAAGCUACGGCAAAGAUCCUGCCGUUGAGGGAGAAGCUGGUCUGAUCCUGCCCCUGGUCCUGCAGUACCUGACUCCGACGUGGGUGUCGUUUUUCGGACUUGGCGCCGUGUCAGCUGCCGUCAUGUCGUCUGCAGAUUCCUCCAUCCUGUCAGCGAGCUCCAUGUUCUCCAGGAACGUGUAUAAGCUUGUCUUCCGUCAGAAGGCAUCUGAGAGGGAAAUCAUCUGGGUGAUGCGCGCGGCCAUUCUUUGUGAGGGGGCCCUCGCCACUAUCCUGGCACUGACUAUAAAGACCAUCUACGGGCUGUUUCUACUGUGCGGAGACCUGGUGUUUGUGAUCCUGUUCCCCCAGCUGGUGUGCGUGGUGCACCUCAAGUUCACCAACACCUACGGCUCUCUGUGCGGCUACAUCGUGGGGAUGAUCCUCAGGAUAUGCGGAGGGGAGACGAUCAUUGGUCUUCCGCCUGCCAUCAAAUACCCGUUCUUCGAGGAGUCGACGAACACCCAGCUGUUCCCGUUCCGUACCCUGGCCAUGCUGUGCAGCUUCAUCACCAUCUUGCUGGUGUCCUUCAUCACAGAGAGGCUGUUCAAGGGAGAAGUCAUCCCCAUGAAGUACGACAUCGCGGGAUGCUACAGUCCGGACAGGGCACAGAACGGACCCAUGGCGACGGAAGUGGCGAUGGACAACGCCGGGUAUCAGGAUACCACUUUUCCGGCAGAAGGAAAAUACACCCCUUAUGAUGCCACCAAGCUAUAGAUAUAAAUAUUGUUCUGAAGUCUCAUGAUGUUGUUCUUGUCUGUUAGCUGUACGCUGAGUACACCCGGUUGUUUGAACUUAAAUGCUCUAACAAUGAAAGUACACAUGUAUGCGUUUAGGGAAUUUACAAGGUUCCAUUUUACAUAUUUUGUAUUUUACUCAUUGCCCCAUUCUUUGAUACACGAAAGCAAUUCAACAACAAAUUGCUAAUUGAUUCAUUUUCAUUAACCUGGUCUAAUGGGUUUGUUUCCUAUCAGACUAUCUAAAAUUUGUUCUCAACUCGUUUGCGUAUCAAUUAAGAGUCAGGGUAUAAAAAAUGUUUUUUUCCCCAGAUCUUUUCUGUGUCACUGACAAAAGGUAGUUGAUGCUACCUGUAACGUCUAACCGAUAACAAUAUCAUAUCCAGUUGCUUGUCAAUAAUCAAUAACUGUUUUAUGUUGUAUCCUAUUGCAUGUACCUGGAUGUCUAUCCUUCAUCGACGCAUCAAAGUAAUUGUUCAGCAUUCCCAUUGAUACCUAUGAAUGACCCCCUGUCGCCAAAGUAAUUUUUUGAAAACGAUCUAUGUUGUGCGGAUGCCCUCCCCCCAACACACACAGACAAGAGCGCAUCAUAGACAUCUUU